GUUCUGCAGGUCAAAGUGAGUAAUAAAAGUGAGAGUGUCCAAAAGAAAGAUGGGAAUGACAAAGUAACAGCGCCAAAGACAGAUGCAGAGCUCCUUAUGGACAAAUUUGAGAGGAUGGCAGAAGAGGAGAGAAUUUGGCCUUGUCGGAAGGAUAGGAGAGAUAAAGACCAGGCCAAAGAGAUAGAGGGAAAGAGAAAGGAGGAGGAGGUGCUGUCUAAAGAAGAGCAGCGCAGGCUGAGGAAUGAGAAGGCCUUACAGGAACACCUGGACAGGGUAAAGAAUCCGGAAUUGACAGGCAAACAGACCAGACAACCACAAUGUAAAGAUUACUCUAUUUUCACUGCAUCAGGGCUAAAGAGCAAGGACCCGCAUGAUCAACAGUCAGCAAAAUGCAAAGAUUUCUCUGUGUUUUCCACGAGCAGUCAAGGCGUGGCCAAGGUCCCCCAGGUUCUGCAGGUCAAAAUUACUCUAUUUUCACUGCAUCAGGGCUAAAGAGCAAGGACCCGCAUGAUCAACAGUCAGCAAAAUGCAAAGAUUUAUCCAUCUUUUCAGCUGAUGCUCAGACGCAGCAGUGCAAAGAUUUCUCUGUGUUUUCCACGAGCAGUCAAGGCGUGGCCAAGGUCCCCCAGGUUCUGCAGGUCAAAGUGAGUAAUAAAAGUGAGAGUGUCCAAAAGAAAGAUGGGAAUGACAAAGUAACAGCGCCAAAGACAGAUGCAGAGCUCCUUAUGGACAAAUUUGAGAGGAUGGCAGAAGAGGAGAGAAUUUGGCCUUGUCGGAAGGAUAGGAGAGAUAAAGACCAGGCCAAAGAGAUAGAGGGAAAGAGAAAGGAGGAGGAGGUGCUGUCUAAAGAAGAGCAGCGCAGGCUGAGGAAUGAGAAGGCCUUACAGGAACACCUGGACAGGGUAAAGAAUCCGGAAUUGACAGGCAAACAGACCAGACAACCACAAUGUAAAGAUUACUCUAUUUUCACUGCAUCAGGGCUAAAGAGCAAGGACCCGCAUGAUCAACAGUCAGCAAAAUGCAAAGAUUUAUCCAUCUUUUCAGCUGAUGCUCAGACGCAGCAGUGCAAAGAUUUCUCUGUGUUUUCCACGAGCAGUCAAGGCGUGGCCAAGGUCCCCAGGUUCUGCAGGUCAAAGUGA